GGGAACUUUUGGCAACUUGAUCUGUCAGCACUGCAGUCAUCACCAGACCCGAGACUUGGGAACACAGUGAUCGCCCCACUUGCCCCACCUAGUCCACCAGCUCCACCUGCUCAGUGAAAAGUCAUCAGUGAUGUGAAAAUUGCCAAGUGUCACCAACGUUACUUUGAACAAGCCAGAGUGAGCAGGCAACCCUACUUGGGAGCCCGACUGAGGCCAGAUGCCGAUGAGUCACUACUUGAGAUCUUCCUAUAAUAAAUUUUCCCCGUGUAAGGUGUUUACAAGAUUGUUGCUGGUGGUGCUGUGUUGUGUUGCAUGGGGAGGUGCCAAUGAAAACAAAUGCCCUCCAGCCUUCUUGAACCACUGCAGCUGUGGCAUGGCAUAUGAUAGAUAUGAUACACAAAAACGAAUGAAGUACACAGUCAACUGCACCAAUUCAGGCUUCACAUCUGCAACAAUGCUACAGUCGCUCCCAAGCGAAACUGAAGUUCUCAUCUUCACUGGAAACACAAUCCCAACGCUACCAAUAAAUCUGUUCAACAAGACUGAAUUCUUUGAUGAUUUAGAUACCAUCGAUUUAUCCAGUAAUCACAUUCGCUUCAUUCAGGGCAAGACUUUCCACAGGGUAUCUGCAGUUAAGACACUCAUUUUAAACCACAAUGACUUGGAGAUCACUGAUGAAAAGGAGAGACCAAGAUUGUUUAGCAACUUUGAUGAGUUGGAGCACCUCCACUUGACCAAUGCUUUCUCAGAGAGGAUCAAUUCUACAGACUACCUGCUGAGCUUGGAGGAUAUUUUCUAUGAAAGUAGACUGGAUUCUCUGAAGACUUUGCAUCUGGAGCAGAAUGAAAUUUGGUCUAUUGGGAACAAUACCAGAGUGUUUUGCCAACUACCAAAGUUGGAGCAGCUUCUGCUCACUGAUAACAGACUGAGAGACUUUGACUUCAGUAUAGACUGCUUGCAUUCACUGCGAUACAUCAACUUGGAAAGGAAUAUGAUUACCAGGUUCUCUGAUGAUGCAAUGAGGAAACUAGAUGAGUUUACAAGAAUCAAAUCUCCUAAGAUUAAGAUAAGGAUGCAGCAAAACAUUAUUGUGUGUGAUUGUCGCUCAAAACAUUUCAUAGAAUGGUUGAACAAAACAGAUGUUGAUAUUGAGGGCUGGAGAGACUUCAAGUGUAUAGAUGGAUACCCAAGUUCUAAUAUUGGAAAAACUUUAAAAGAGGUUCAUGAACUACAGUGUCCUUCUUAUGGCAUGUCAGACAACAUGAGGGCCAUGGGUUCCUUGAGUCAUACAGGUUACUCACAUGGAUAUUCCUCGGCUACCAUUGGUGCUCUAUCCUUCCUGCUCGUGUUCACCACGUCCUUGUUGCUCGCCGUCGCCUACUUUAAUAAGCAAAAGUUAAAGAGCAUAUUUCUGCCGUACUGGAACUUCAUCACCAGGAAGAUUGGUUAUACAGGACUUAACCAUGAUGAAGCCCCACAGGAGGUGAAUGUUUAGUGAUGUUUUUUAGUUUUUUUUAUUUUUAUUUUACACAUAGAGUUUAUACCUGAAUGGCCCAGUCUUAAUCAUUGAAGAAAGGGAGGUUGUUGAGAGAAACCAGUACAGAACAAUACUAAUAUUCAUUUUCUACAUCAUCAUUUUUUUAUAUCACAGGUCAGUUUGUUAGAAUCAUUGACAUUCAGUAUAUUUGAAAUUUCAACCACACGGAAAAAAAAAAAAAGGGAUGUCAUCACCAUAUCAUAUCAUUUUCAUUAUCAUCAUUAUGUCUCCACCAUCAUUAUCUUUUUUGCCACAUUACUAAUUACUAAUUCAUAGCAAUGUUUGAAGAAGACAAGCUUUAAAUUAGCUUUUUAGUGCUUUGAUUCAUGAGCAAGAGUUCCUCAGCACAGACUUAGUGAUGGGAUUCUUCAAUAUCACAAGAAACAGUUGACAGUGAGAGGUGUGCUAUUUGUGUAUAAUAAACACAUUGUAAUAUCACAUUCCAGUUUCAAGCAAAUGGAAGAGGAAGCAAAGGUACAGCUCCCUCUCAGCCUACCACAGUAGUGUGAGCUGGUGAGUGUCUACUCUGCCUUCCCCUUCUUGUUCUCUGUCCAGCCAGUGGGCAUUGGUCAAGAGGGUAAAGUCACUUGUAUAGGAAUAACUAUCAUGUUGUGCAUUUUUAGUUUUACAGAUGCAAUUCUAAAGUACAGGAUACACACACACACACACACACACACACACACACACACACACACACACACACACACACACACACACACACACACACACACACACACACACUAUUAAAGUUGAAGAAUUACAAAUAGAUAUCAGGACCAGUUUCAGUGUGAUAGUUAUUUUGUUUUGUUUAUUUAUUUUUUAUAUCCUAUUUGUCCAUUUAUUCAUUUAUUUUUUCAUGUUUUUAUUGAUUUUCUUUUGAGAGGAUGGAAGGAGAGAAGAGAAUAGCAGAAGAUAAUAGUCUGUUUCAAAGUUAAUGAAUAACUAUCAGUACAAGAAAUUGGAAUGAUGCAAGUGGGAAUAAAAAAAAUUGUGUUUGGCAAAUAUUGCAAAGAAAAAAUGUUACAUAUAAUGGUAUAAAGUUCAAACUAUAUAGUAUCAAAUCUACUUUUCUAUCUAUCCAAACAUUCUUAGUCAAACGGGAUUCAUAGUAUCUUUGCACAGAAGCCAACCUCUCUCAUCACUUUUAUCAAUUCAGCUUUCCUUGCAUCAAAACCUAUUCUCUUUUCCUUAAAUAUCUAUCUCAUAAAUUGUUUAAUUUUUCUUGAAUUGUUCUGAACUUUUUUAUUAUUGCCUACUUUUGCUCUUUCUUUACUAUUAUAUGCUUUUUGCUUCUGUCACUGUGCAGUUGUGGCAACAUAAGCAGUGCUUGUCAUAUUCAUUGUUGUGUGUUAUGAUUUAAGGAGUUUAAGAUUUCAUUUUAGUGCAGGCCUCAUACUCACUUCCCAUUAAUGCAUCUUGUUACUCCUUCACCAACAUGACACUAAUUUAUGUGAGGUACACACAUUCCAUGGGCAGUAUUUUUUAACUCCACAUUACUUCCCGCACUGAGCUUUUCUGGGCCAGAGCAGCUAGAACUGAUCUUCUCACACUUAUGCAAUUCUGCCAAUUGAACAACUUGCUUUUCUGCGAUAUUGUCCAACAGUAUCCAACAAGGUGCUUCUAGUGGUAUUAACUCUUUCAUGCAGCAAUGGCUUCCUUUGGCAUUUCAUCAACAGCCAUCUGAGUCAUGACAUUGCUUUAACUGAAAAAAAAUUGAUUGACGACACUGUGCUAUUUUGUACAUAGUAACUGCCAUUAUGUAGAGCUGAGGUUAAGGGGGUAUUGUAUGACAGGGAAGCACACACACAUUGCUGACAUCAUCCUGAGGCACAGUAGCCCUGCCAUUGCUAGCAUGCUGAGAUGUGGGCUGAGGGAGCUGUGUGUAAUGGUAAGGUGCAUGCAUGUCCUUCAUCACUAAGCAGUCUGUGCAACUUAAGGCAUAAAGUGGAUGCUUUUGCAUAUCUAUUAUUAUCAUUAUUACUCAUUAUUUUAGUUAACUAUUUACUUCAUUUUAAUUGUUUUUAUAUUUAUUAAUUUAUUUUGCAGUCUUUAUUUUUUGUAAAUAUUUAUUUAUUCAUAUAGUAUUUAUUUUAUUUAUUUAUUCAUUUUUCAAAUCCAUGGCACCUGUGAAAGUACGUUUUACAUUUUGUGGUGCUUUCAUAUGAGAGACUAGUGGCAAGGUGAUAAUUCAUGUCAGGUUGAUUUUUCAUAGCAAAGCUCUAAAGAUAGUAGCUUUGACUCAGUGAAAGAAACCAUUGCAUUCAUUAUUUUUAACAGUGUGAUUUAUAUAGGAUUGUUACAUGUGAGUGGGUAUAGUACAUAUUAUAGGAAGAUAGAGGCAUUGUUUUUAAUAGGAAACAUUAAGAAUUUAUUGUUUUUUUCAUUCAGAAACUAUUUAAUCUCAUGAAAGUUAUGGUACUGUUGUGGUACUAUAUAUUUUUUUUUUAGAAUGUAUACAAUGUUAGCUUCUAAUUAUUUACUGCCCAUAAACUAAUAAUUAAUGGAAAAAAGAUGUGCAUGAGUUCAAUAAUAUUUUUGUAUACUAUUUUUUUGGCAUACAUUGUUUGUGUAUGAAUGUUUGAUAUAUUGUCAUGAAUAGUUUAAUGUGCUAUUUGUUCCAAUAAAAAGCAGUCACACUAAUGCAUAUUUUGAUGAAUACAUACAUGCUAGAUUGUACUUAUGAGAGAGUAUGUGGAUGUGUUUGGUGCCAAAAUGCUUACUAUGAUGUUAAUAAAUUGCUUUGCUUCUUAUAUGUUAUAUAUGUGUCACUGUGUCAUGCCUUGCUCUUUUGGAUACAUUAACACAAUGAAUGGGCUAGUUUAUGGGAAUGUGAAAGAAGAAUAGCUGUUCAGUCACGCAGUGGUGGAGUGUACUGACUACUGAAGAUGUUUGUGGUGUGUGAAGUUUGUGGAAGGAAAGGGAAGUAAAUGGUGGAGUGAAGAGGUAGCAUAGAGAUCUGAUGUAGUGCAGAUGACUUGUGCAGAAAAAAAAUUAUAUGAUUUAAAAGAUAACACUGUUUUUGGAAAUCAAUGAAGAGAAUAUCAGAACAAUAAAGUGUGCACAGGAAA